CCCAUUUGCUGACACGUGCAUGUUUUGUGUGUCCAGUAUUUAUUUGUUAUUUGCAUUUGCCUUGACACAUAAAACAUAUAUCGAAAUAACAAGUUCAGAUUUAAAUAAAAAAUCAGUUUUAAUUCAUUAUCCGGAUUACCUAGAGUAAGUGCACAUGAAAGGUGUGUAGAGAUUUGGGUUACGGUAUAUAUCUUGUAUAUCUUAUUUGAUUUUAAAUUAUGCUUGGUUUUGUCUUUAAGUAGGUGUAGCCUUCUAUCACAGGCAAACCACAGCUUUGAGCCUUUAUCCCUGAUGUUAUAUAUUGAUUGAUUGUAUGGAUACUCGCUGUCAUCUUAAUCUUCACUUAAAGGCUUCACUGGUGCGUUAAGAGGUGAAAAGUUCACUGUGACGUCAAGUUCAGAGGUGUCAGCCAGGAUCCUUGGGAUAUGUGGUUAUUUGGGCGCAGUACAAAGAAGAAGUCACAGACUAAGAAGAUGCCCAAGAAGUAUACCUUCAGCCAUGUCAAUGAUGAGAGCCCUGAAGAAAUAGCAGUAAAGCAGCUGAGAAGUUCAGUGAAAGAUAUACUCAAAUCCCAUCAAGACAAUGAUGAUUACCUCAGGAAAUGGCUUAAAGCUAGAAAUUAUGAUGUCAUGGAAGCUGAAAGAAUGUUUAGAAAUAGCAUGGCUUUCCGCAAAAAGAUUGGUGCUGACACAUUGCUACAGAAGUACACGCCUCCUGAGGUGAUCCAGAAAUAUUUGACAGGAGGGUUUUGUGGGUUUGACAAGGAUGGCUCUCCUGUCCGUGUGGAGUUGUUUGGACUUUUGGACAUCAAGGGGUUGAUGUACUCAGCAAGGAAGGUGGACUUGGAAAAAACCAAGAUGUUGCAGUGUGAAAAAACAGUUAGAGAUUGGGAAAUCAUGAGUAAAAAGCUUGGAAAGAAAGUAGGUGGACUGACAGUCAUUUUUGACAUGGCUGGAGUUACAACAAAAUGGUUGUGGAAGCCAGGAUUAGACAUGUAUCUCCAUUUGGUAAAAGUUCUGGAAGACAACUACCCAGAGAUGAUGAAACGGCUCAUUGUAAUCAAUGCUCCAUCAAUUUUCCCCAUCUUGUACAAACUGGCCCGCCCACUUAUCAGUGACGACAUGAAGAAAAAGAUUAUAGUUCUAGGAUCCAAUUUUACUCAAGUUCUCCUACAGUAUGUUGAUGCAGAACAAUUACCAGUAUAUUUGGGGGGUAAACUUACAGACCCUGAUGGCAACCCUAGGUGUACAACAAUGAUUUGUCAGGGUGGGCAAGUACCAGAGUCUUAUUUCUUAAAGAACCACAGUCUUGGGGAGAAUAUGACAGCAGCUACUGUUUCCAAGAAAUUGGAGUUAAAAUUUGAGGUUCAGAAAUCAGGAAUGAUUCUGAGGUGGGAGUUUCAGACGGAGGGCUAUGACAUUGGUUUUGGUGUAGGAUUCCUGGAGAACGAUGGUUCCGUGAAAUUUGUGCUCCCAGUGGAGAGGGUGAACAGCCACAUGGUUCCUGAGGAUGGGAGCAUCAACUGCACAGAACAAGGAACAUAUGUACUGGUAUUUGAUAACUCCUUCAGUUGGGCAAGAAGCAAGAAAGUUUCCUAUCAGGUAGAAGUUAUCGAAGAAGAUAAGAAUAUUCUUGAAGAAGUGGAAAAUAUUGGAUAUGUUACUGACAAAUUGGAAGCUGCUCAUAUCUGAAUAACAUUCUUUUAAAGGAAUCCCUGGACUAAUUUCAAUGAUCAUUAAUAAUAGGUACAUUAAUAUGGAUUGAAGUCCAAAUUUUAACCAAUGCAGGUAUUGACAUAAACAUUUAACAGUGAUGUGUAAAAAUUGUAAAGCUAUUUAAUCAUUGACAGUCAUGUUUUAAUUAUAAUUGUACAUGCACAGGUUGAAAAGGGAUUAGAAUAUGCUACUCUUGCCAAUUCUCUUACUUUCUUUUCCUCUGAGGACCACAACAUUGGGAUAGCCUUAGCAAUAAAAUACAUUGGCAUAAGAUUUGCCAGGUUUAGUUCUGAUGUACUCUAGAUUUCUGUAUUGCUAGCUCAAUCUUGAUUUCAUAUAUAACCCAAAUCAGCAAUAUUGUAAAGCUGUAAAGCGCUAACUGUAAAGCUGUAAAGCUAACACAUGAAAAGGUAUAGUGAGAAGCUAGCUUUAUAGUGCCCUGACACUCAGGGCAGUCUGAUGUAUUUUGUUGUGAAUGUGAAAAUGAGGACUCAUGUACAUGUGUAUAAUGUUCAACAUUUCACCAAUCAAGCAUUUUAUGGACAAACCCAGUGUGCCAGUUACAUUGUCUGAAUGUCCACGUUAACAGUAAUACAUAGUUAAAAUUUGGUAGUGAUUAUGAUAUAAAGCAUUAUGUAACAUUACACCCAAGAAACCACUCUUGUGCAUUUUCCUGUUCCAUAGUCUUUAAACACUUAUUUUUUGAUAUUCAAAAAUAUACGAUCAAAUAUUUUAAUGUCUCUGCUCCUAUCAGUAUUGUAAUUUGUACAUCCUUUGCUUGUUUAUCAAUAUUUGUGAUAAUGUAAAUAAUAGAGCAUCAUAGAGAAUAGUAAAUUUGCUGUUGCCUUAGUUGCUUUAAUUAGAAUGGCACUAUAUAAAUUAAGUAUAAAUUUGGUUAAUUGUUAUCAGUGUGUAUAGCUGAAACUGACUGUAACCCUGACAACAGAAUAAUUGGCUUUUUUAUAUUUAUAGCUUAAUCUUAAAAUCAAUAUUCAAUCAACAUACAUGUGUUCCUUUACAUAAAUACAGUGGCAUGUGGUUUCAUUAUUUAUCACUUUCAGAUGAAUAAACGAUGAUAUGUAAUAUAAAAUAAAAUUGUCACUG